CAAACGAUUUCACUGAAAUGUGAAUGUCGGAUCCAUUUAUUUUAGGUUAAAUUUUCCCCUAUAGUUAUUCUUAUUAAAUAUUAACUAUUUGGGUUACAUUCACAAUUAAUGAAGUUUCGUGAGCAAUAAUAGAUAAUAUUUUAUUCUCCGAUUUCAUUGUAAAGAGUAUGUUAAGUGCACUAUUUUUGGUAUAAUACGGUUUGAUAACCCAUUGCCAGUAAACAUGAAUAGUUUCCUGAAAAACUUAUUUAUUACAAGUUUGAAAUCAAACCAGCUAAAAAGUAUACACACCAGUGCGUCAGCUUUAGCAUGGUCUAGAACAGACAACAUACCGAAAAGUUUUUUGAGACAUAAUCAAAAGAUAUAUCCUCCUCAAUCACCCGAUGAAGAACCCAGGCCUGCAUUUGUAUGUCAUCAAAAGACCAACAUAAAAUACAGCCCUGAAAAGCUGUGGUACAUUGCCAGUUUUGUCAGAGGUAUGACGGUUGAUGAAGCUAUAAAACAACUCAGUUUUGUACCAAAAAAGGGAGCAAUAUUUGUUAAAGAAGCCAUACUUGAAGCUCAAGAACUAGCUGUAAAAGAACACAAUGUUGAAUUCAAAAGCAAUUUGUGGGUUGCUGAAUCUUUUGCUAAUAAAGGAAUGGUAGUAAAGGGAAUAAGAAGACAUGCCAGAGGUCGUAUGGGCCAAGUGAGGUACCAGUUCAGUCACUAUUUUGUGAGGUUGGAGGAGGGGAAACCACCAGCAGACUACUAUAAGAGAAAUCCACAGACACCUCAACAACAACUUGCUAAUUGGCUGGAACAAAUGAGGAAGAGAAAGAUUAUAAAUUCAUAUUAAGUUGUACAUCAUUUAUUAAUUCGAUUAUUUAGAAAUAUAAAUUAGCAUAGAAUCA